AUCGAGUUGGCAGUCCCAAAUAAAAAGAAGAAGCUGUAUUGAACGGAAAAGUUUAAAAAUAAACAUAUUCCGAUUUAAAACCAAACUGAUAUUCAAUUUUCCGGCGCGCAGUCAGCGCUGAAUCAAAUCUCAGCAGGCCGAACAAGCGACGCGCUCGCAUACGAGCCCGCUCUAUAUUAAAAGAAUUUCCGGCUCUCAACUUGGCCCAUAUCUUGGCAAUAUUGGGAACCAUAUCAGUACACUCUGUUCACUUCGUCGUGGCGCACGGGAGGCAGACGCAGAUUCACCCAAACACACAGCUCUCACAAUGAUUUUUUCACAAUUUCUGAGCUUAGGCGGGCUCCGAUCCUGCCAACCACCCUUCAGUAGUCAGUUUCAGCGAUAUGCGCUACAUAAAACCGGAGCCGUACUAUGAAGGGCUUCCACCGUUCAAUGUCACCGGCAGCCCUUUUAACGUGGUGCCCAUCCACAACUACCCGGAGCUGAUGAAAGACACCUGCGCUUUGAUCAACGCCGAGUGGCCGCGAUCGGAAACGGCGCGCAUGCGUUCUCUGGAGGCAUCUUGCGACACACUGCCAUGCAGCUUGGUUCUCACCACGGAGGGCAUGUGUCGGGUAAUAGCCCACUUGAAACUGAGCCCGAUCACUUCCAAAAAGAAGGCGUGUUUCGUCGAGUCGGUAGUGGUGGACAAAACCUAUCGGGGCCAAGGCUUCGGCAAGCUGAUCAUGAAGUUCGCGGAGGACUAUUGUCGGGUGGUACUUGAUCUGAAGACAAUUUAUUUGUCGACUAUCGAUCAGGAUGGAUUUUACGAGCGCAUCGGCUACGAAUACUGUGCACCCAUUUCCAUGUAUGGGCCGCGUCACUGCGAACUGCCGAGCUUACAAAAUGCCAAAAAGAAAUACAUGAAGAAGGUCUUAUAGACGUCAACGCCAGUGGUAGUGAGAUUAGCCAAGCCCGAACAGAGCGUGGCAGUUAACUAGUCAAAUUGGCAAAUGCAUGAAACUAUUUACAGGACUCACCUGUCGCCUGCCAGCAGCUGCACCGUGCUAUUAUCGGGACACGAAUGAGGGGUACGCUUAUAGGCACCACGUUCAUUCUCCGAAUACUGGUACAGCUACAGCUAGCUUUUAAUUCCAUUACACAAAUAAGCAAACAUUCACGAUAGCUUGUGUUGAUUUUUAAAUAUUACUUUCCGCGUGUAUUUUUUAAACUUUUUGGUUCUUUUUGUAUGACAAAGGUGACCACUACGUUCGGUACAUGUGUAUGGAUAUGUUAACCUUAUCCAAAUCUUUCUGUAUAGCCAUUAUGAUUUGUUAUAGUUUUGCUCAAGCAUGUGCAUAUAGUGGCUUCUAGACGGAAACCUACCUGCCAGCAAUGAUAAUAAGAAGCUCAAGUAUCUUCCAACGAAACAUAGCAUAGAGACAUAUCGAGCCUUAGCCAAUAAGCACUCAACGAAGGCAAUAACUUCCAAUAAAUCGUGUAGAAAUUGUAGUAAA